AUGAAGGCCAUUGUUGCCCUCUCGGCCCUCGUGGCCGUUCAAGCAGCCAAAACGACGCCCAGUCCUACGACGUUGGAAAACGGCGAAGUCGUGUCGCCGGUCGAGACGUGUGACGAGUCAUGCAAGGCCUCCUUUGCCAGGCCCAGCGAACACGUCAAAACCAUAAGAUCCAAGUUCAAGACCAAGACCAAGACCACGACGGGCUCGGCCAGUUCCGAGCCGGUCUUGUACACGGCCCUGGACUUGGGACCCGGAACAGCGUUCCCGCCAUACGUCACCUCGCCGGAUUGCACCCAGACAAAGACGGUCGUUGGGGCGACGCACCCGGCCGUGGUGGCACCCCUUUCAACUACUAGCCAGACCAAGGGCAAGGGCAAGAACAAGAGCAACAAGACGGGACACAGCGAGACACCAUCACCAACAGCACCACUCGAGGGGGAACAUGCCAGCACCGUCACCAACGUGCUCUGGCAAGAUUGCGGGACUUGUGCGCUGUACUGGACAACGGCCGAGUCCACGUAUGUUCCUCGUGUCACGGUGGCCAACCCCACGGAUUACACUUAUACAAUCACCCAAGUGAGCUGCCUGACUAUCGCUCGGCCUGAGAGCACCGAGGUCACGUUGACAGAGUUGUCUGAGCCUACCGAGGCUGCAUCGACGGAGCUGCCUGAGCCAUCGACCACGGAUUGA